AUGGCACUGCGAGACGGAACCAACGGCUUGGCCCCCAACGGCCACAGCCACGGUAGCAAUCCCGCUAGCAUCAACGGCGAGCCGUCGAGGUUCAAGUCGCAAGACCACUCCCGCAACCACAGCCCCGAUGACGACAAUCAUCGUCCCUCUAGUGCACCUGGCCGUAAAAAUGGCCUCUCCUCCAGCGUUGAGCCCAGAGACGAUCUGGGUGGGCAACGUCCGCAACGCCCAAACAAACCCAUGCUCGUUCGCUCCAAGAGCGACUACGCCAGGCCUCAGGAGCAAGACGACUCCGACCCUGGUGAUGAAGAAAUAGCCACAUGGGGGGCUAGACAUGGCUUCGAAGAUCAUUAUCAAUCAGAGCAUAUCAUAACGCAGCUUGCAACUAAUUGGUGCAUGUAUUUUACCGAUAAGCGGCACGAAACGACCGGCAAGCCCAAGGCCCUCCAAUCCGAGCUCCACGAUUGGCGCCAAAGAGAUCGCCUAAAAACAGUUUCCGCAGCUCUUGCUGUCUGCCUAAACAUUGGCGUUGAGCCACCCGACCAGCUCAAGACGAAUCCCGGCGCCAAGCUCGAGGCAUGGACCGACCCGACUGUGCCGCCGGCUCAAAAGGCAUUGGAGAACAUCGGCAAGGGCCUUCAGUCCCAGUACGAGACGCUGGCUAUUAGAGCUCGCUACAAGCAGUACCUGGACCCGUCCGUUGAAGAGACUAAGAAGUUCUGUGUCUCCCUGCGACGGAACGCCAAGGACGAGCGCGUCUUGCUUCAUUACAACGGCCACGGCGUGCCCAAGCCCACAGCGUCCGGCGAGAUUUGGGUUUUUAACAAGACCUAUACGCAGUAUAUCCCGGUAUCGCUAUACGACCUUCAACAGUGGCUGCAAGCCCCUACCAUUUUCGUGUGGGACUGCUCCGAAGCUGGCAACAUUCUCAAUAACUACCAUAGAUUUGUAGAGAAGCAUGAGGAUGAAGAAAAGGAGUCAGCUCAACGCGACCCUCACUACGAAAAGACGGCUUUCCGUCCCUACAUCCACCUUGCUGCUUGCGCCGCCAAGGAGAACCUCCCGACCAACCCUCUCCUCCCCGCCGAUCUGUUUACCGCUUGUCUCACCACUCCCAUAGAGAUGGCGCUGUGGUUCUUCGUUUUACAGAAUCCUCUCCAGACAAAAUUGACUCCCGAACGCGCCAAAAAGCUCCCGGGCCGUCUACAAGAACGUAGAACCCCCCUUGGCGAGCUCAACUGGAUUUUUACUGCGAUUACGGAUAGCAUUGCCUGGACUACGCUUCCGCGUGAUCUAUUUCGAAAGUUUUUUCGUCAGGACCUUAUGGUGGCUGCCCUGUUUCGCAACUUUCUACUCGCUCAGCGAAUCAUGAUGGUCUAUGGCUGUCACCCCCAGUCGUACCCUCAGCUUCCCGACACGCACCAGCAUCCUCUCUGGGCAACCUGGGAUCUGGCCGUGGACAUGGCGCUCGCGCAGCUGCCUAUGCUCGAGAGGAAGGAAUCCGAUGGCGUCGAGUAUGAGUACCAAAACUCCACCUUUUUCACAGAGCAAUUGACCGCAUUCGAGGUCUACCUGACCCGCGGAGACGCAGUCGCUCAAAAACCACCAGAUCAAUUACCCGUGGUUUUGCAGGUGCUGUUGAGCCAGCAGCACAGAGUGCGUGCCCUGAUCCUGCUUGGAAGGUUUCUUGACUUGGGCCCGUGGUCGGUGCAACUUGCCCUCAGCAUCGGCAUCUUUCCAUAUGUGUUGAAGCUUCUUCAAUCAGCAGCAGUGGAACUGAAGCCUGUCAUGGUGUUUAUUUGGGCUCGACUCAUCGCUGUCGAUAUCAGCUGCCAACAGGAUUUGGCAAAAGACAAUGGCUAUGUCUAUUUUGCGCAAAUUCUCAAGCCUACCGAGGCACUGCCCGUUGUUGAUGGGGAUGAGCACAAAGCCAUGUGCGCCUUUAUACUUGCUAUGCUGUGCAAGGAUUACCAGAAUGGUCAGAUGAUCUGCAACCAGACUGACAUUAUGACUUACUGCUUGACGCAUAUCCAGAAUCAGGAGAAUCACCUCUUGAGGCAGUGGGCGUGCUUGUGCAUCAGUCAGCUCUGGCAAGACCUUCCAGAGGCCAAGUGGCGCGGCAUCAGGGAAAAUGCCUACGUGACAUUAGCAUGCCUCACCAAGGAUCCUUGCUGUGAAGUGCGCGCAUCCGUCGUUCACGCCAUGACGACCUUCCUCGGUAUCCCAGAUCUGACCGACGAGGUGGCAAAGAUUGAGGAGUCGAUUGCUUGGACUAUUCUCGACAUGGGAACGGAUGGCAGCCCAAUGGUCCGCAAAGAGUUUCUAGUUUUCUUAUCACACUUUAUCGUUCGUUACGAGAACAAGUUCCUGGUUACGGCGUAUGAGCAGCUCCAGGAAGAAAAGGACUACCUGGUCUCGCCUCCCCAGGAUGAUGGACACGAACACAAGAUGGGACUGCACUAUGCACGCCCUGAGAAUCGCAACAAAGAUGGAACAAUCAAGCCUACGGCCCACGGUCUUGCCCAUAAUAGUGUCUACAUGGCUUGCUGGAAGCACGCUUUGAUCUUGAGCGUCGACCCCCACCCAGAGGUCCAGCGCUCGGCUACCAUAAUCAUCGACUACAUGCACAAAGCCCUCCUCAGCUCAACCCUUGGUGAGAAGGCCCAUUCCGCGAUGCGAGAUAUUCAGAGGAGAGCGAACCGUGCCACCUUUAAGAGUGCGGCCACUGCUCAUCAGCGAAGAAGUCUCAUGAGUGGGAAUGGUGCACCAGUCACGGCUCCUCUACCGUCACCCGGCCUCCUUCGACGUACCGCAAGCCUCCUUUUCCAAUCGCUUGUUGGUACUGAGGAUAAGUCUCGACCUACCACGCCUUCUGGUUCUGUUACUUCGGUGGCUCCACCGCGAUCCCCUGGUGCCGCCCCCCCCCCUGAUCAAGCUUCUGCACCGCCUGAGCAAAAUGACACUUCCGGGGUUCCGGCUACUUACCACACAGCGCGUGAACCUGUUUCCGGUGAAUUUAAGGAAAGAGAUCUGACGGAGAACACGACUCUGCCUCUAGUCAGCAAAUUUCUGGACUGGUCAACUGAAUACUUCCGAGAACCUCAGAUGAAGAACAGCGAAGCGGAUGAGCCUGGUAGCACAGACUACAACGAAAGGCUGUGGAGAAGACAGCGGAAUGAGACGACCCUGCGUGAAACACAACCGCUCAAGCAGUUUGCGGGAAGCCAUCGCUGGAACAACCAGCUCGGCAUGGUGAACAAUGGGGCGCAACCCGCUAAGAUGACAUUCCACCAAUAUGAGGACCAUCUGGCCGUCUCCGAUGAUGGCAACACCGUCAUGGUGUGGGAUUGGAAACGACAGGGCAGACUGAGCAAGUUCUCAAACGGUAAUCCAGAGGGAUCGAGGGUCAGCGACAUGAGGUUUAUCAAUGAAGACGACCAGGCAAUGCUGCUGACGGGAUCCUCGGAUGGCGUCAUUCGAAUUUAUCGCAACUACGACUCCGACAAAGAAAUUGAACUGGCCACAUCAUGGCGUGCAUUGACGCACAUGGUACCGAGCAACGUCAACUCGGGCAUGGUGUUUGACUGGCAACAGGUCAAGGGCCGAGUACUCGUAGCGGGAGAUGUGCGUGUCAUUCGUGUGUGGUAUGCCGCAAGCGAAACAUGUGUCAUGGAUAUUCCCGCGCGUUCUGGGUCGUGCGUUACCUCAUUGACGUCGGAUCAAAUGACUGGUGAUAUAUUUGUCGCGGGCUUCGGGGACGGAGCGGUUCGUGUGUUUGACACGCGCCUGAGACCGCAAGAAUCGAUGGUCCGCAAGUGGAAGGACGAGACGGACCGCCAAUGGAUCAAGGCUGUCCACAUGCAGCGAGGGGGCCAACGCGAGCUGAUGAGUGCCAGCCGCAAUGGCAAAGUCAAGAUUUGGGAUAUCCGAAUGGACAAGGCUCUACGGUCGUUCCAGACGACACGGGACACGCUUCGCACAGCCAGCACACAUGAGCACUUGCCUGUCUUUGCAGUCGGCACCUCGACACAUUCCGUCAAAGUCUUCAGCCUCGACGGAGCAGAGCUCUCGCGGAUGGAGCCGUACUCGAGCUUUCUGCAGCAGAACCGCAGUUCGCCCAUUUCUGCGACGGCAUUCCAUCCGCACCGUCCAAUUCUGGGAUGCGCAGCACGAGGUGACCACCACAUCAACUUGUUUACCUGUGAAAAGGGUGACGCGUUGUCGUGA